AUGACUUCUGAAUCUCCAUAUAAGAAGGGAAAUCUUGGACGCAGUCUCAUUGUCCAGAAGCAACACCAAGUUAUGAGGGCUGUUGUUUCCAUUUUUUUUGGAGCAGCUUUUGGGUUCUUCAUCGGAAUGUCUUUUCCAACUCUUUCAUUCACCAAGAUAUACUUUACACCCUGGAUCACUUGUAAUUGUUCAAACGUGGGGAACCAAGUUACAAGUCAAUCAAUCCAGAUAAGUCAAGAUGUGUCGCUGUCUCUCUCAAAUGAAAGCGGAAGCGAUUCGAAUCAAAGCCAAAACCAAAGUGAUUUGCUGAAAAUUUGGAUCCCUUCACACCCGAGAGGGGCAGAAACCUUACCCCCACGAAUCGUUGCAACUGAAUCAGACUUAUUCCUCCGCAGGUUGGUGGGUAAGCCCAAUGAGGACCUAACUCACAUUCCGAAGUAUCUUGUGGCAUUUACUGUUGGUAUAAAACAGAAGAAAAACAUUGAUGCAAAUGUCAAAAAGUUUUCAGAGAACUUCACCAUAGUUCUAUUUCACUAUGAUGGCAACACAUCUGAAUGGGAUGAGUUUGAGUGGUCUAAGACGGCCAUUCAUGUGAGUGUUCCUAAACAGACUAAAUGGUGGUACGCGAAAAGAUUUUUGCAUCCGAGUAUUGUUGCACCAUAUGACUACUUAUUCAUAUGGGAUGAGGACCUUGGAGUUGAAAAUUUUAAUGCCGAAGAAUAUAUUAAACUUGCGAGAAAGCAUGGCCUGGAAAUCUCCCAGCCUGCUGUGGAACCUGCAAGGGCAACAGCAUGGGAGUUGACACAGAGAAAACCUGAUCAUGAAGUGCACAAAAACACGCCAGAGAAGCCAGGCCGGUGCCGUGAUCCCUUUCAUCCUCCUUGCGCAGCUUUUGUGGAGAUCAUGGCUCCGGUUUUCUCACGAGAUGCAUGGCGAUGUGUUUGGCAUAUGAUCCAGAAUGAUUUUGUCCAUGGUUGGGGACUUGACUUGGCCUUUCACAACUGUGUUGAGCCUGCUCAUGAGAAGAUUGGAGUUGUGGAUGCUCAGUGGGUAAUUCAUCAGUCUGUUCCUUCACUUGGGGCUCAGGGUCAAGCAGAGGAGGGAAAAACUGCUUGGCGAGCGGUACGAGAAAGGUGUGACAAAGAACGGUCCAUGUUUACGACUCGGUUUGCGACUGCAAAGAAGAAUUACUACAAGUCCAAAGGAAUUGAUCCUUCCAACAUCAGAAUGCGUUAUCUGAUGAUCAAAAAGCCGAAUGAAGCUACGAGGGCCAUUGUUGCCAUAUUUCUUGGAGCAGCUCUCGGGUUCUUUAUUGGAGUCUGGUUUUCAACUCCUUCAUUGACCAAGCUAAACAUCGUAUCCAGCAUUGUUUGUGAUUGUGCAAAUGUCGGCAAACAAGUCAGAAAUGACUCUAGCCAAAAUAGUCAACCUGGAUUGUCUUUUCCGGUUGAGAAGGGAAGUCAAAACAAGAGUCUGGACCCUUUGAAGAUUUGGGUCCCUUCAAAUCCAAGAGGUGCAGAAACAUUACCUCCAGGCAUUGUUGCAAAUGAAUCAGAUUUCUUCCUCCGUAAGUUGUGGGGUAAGCCCAGUGAAGACCUAACUCACAUACCGAAGUAUCUUGUGACUUUCACUGUUGGAAUAAAUCAGAAGCAUAACAUUGAUGCAGCUGUCAAAAAGUUUUCAGAAAAUUUCACUAUACUGCUGUUUCACUAUGAUGGAAACACAUCUGAAUGGGAUGAGUUUGAGUGGUCUAAGCAGGUUAUUCAUGUGAGUGCGCGUAAACAAACAAAAUGGUGGUACGCUAAGAGGUUCUUGCAUCCAAGCAUUGUUGCACCGUACGACUACAUAUUUAUAUGGGAUGAAGACCUUGGAGUCGAAAAUUUCAAUGCUGAAGAGUACAUAAAACUCGUUAAGAAAUACGGCCUUGAAAUUUCACAGCCUGGUUUGGAUCCUUCUUCAACUGGUACAACAUGGGAGAUGACAAAGAGACAAGCUGGCCAAGAAGUGCACAAAGAAGCGGAGGAGACAUCCCCUCCAGGCUGGUGCUCCCAUCCUCCACGCCCUCCCUGCGCAGCAUUUGUGGAGAUCAUGGCUCCUGUUUUCUCUCGAAAUGCCUGGCAAUGUGUUUGGCAUAUGAUCCAGAAUGAUCUUGUUCAUGGAUGGGGUCUUGACUUUGCUCUCCAAAAAUGUGUUGAGCCUGCUAACGAGAAAAUUGGAGUUGUGGAUGCUCAGUGGGUGCUUCACCAAUACAUUCCAUCACUAAAGGAUCAGGGUAAGGCACAGGAAGGAAAAACUGCAGGGGAAGGGGUAUAUGAAAGGUGUAUGAUGGAAUGGAAAAUGUUUCAAAGUAGGAUGGAGGAUGCAGAGAAAGAUUACUACAUGGAGAAUGGGAUUGACCCUUCAAAAAUACCAAAUCAUUAG